AUGGCGGACAUGGAAGAGAACAUCCCUACACCCACACAGGACAUGGAUACAGGGACCGCAACAGAAACAGAGCAAAAAUCAGAAAAACGACAGUGGAAACCAUCGGAAAAGGGGAGUGAGGAAGAUGAAGUUAUGCGGGAGUAUGAAGAAUUUGCUCGAGAUAAUCAGGAAAGAAAAAGACUGGUAGAAAAGGCUUUCAAAGACAUUCAGGAAAGGAAACAGACACUAGUGGAAACAUCUUCAUCACAUGGAUCCAGAUUUUCUGUGAGAUCAGGAAUUUCAGUGAUUGCCAAGAAACAAGCAAAAGUAGAGGCGGCUAGGGCAAAGAUAAAAUUUUCAGAGCAAGAGAGAGAUCUUCUGGAGGAGAAGUUUAAAGUAGAAGAAGAAGAAGCACUGACAAAAAUAAAGACAGAAAGAAGGAAAGCUGAACUUAACUCGAGCCUAUCUCGUCUGGAACACGAAAAAGAAUUAGCCGCAGCAGAGGCGGAAGUAGAAGUGUUGAAGAUGGUAGGGAGUGAACUGGAGAGGAAUGAAAUAACUGAUACAUUGCUUCCCAAACAGCAAGAAAACUCAGAGAUAAGGACAAAUCGUUAUGUGAACGAACAUUCUCAGUUUACUGGACACACCAAUCUGAAUCCAAGUGCAAGACCAUUCGACCCACAUUCCAUGCAAGAUCCUAGCUGUUCACAGGAGUUUUUCUAUCCUUUACCUCAGCCCAGAUAUUAUACCCGUCGAGAACAGUCACCAGAACGACCUGCACCUGUUAACAUGAAUUUCUCUCAAAACCAAGUGACUUCAGACCUCACAAAGUUCCUGCUUAGAAAGGACUUGCUGUUUGCAAGACUUACAACCUUUUCUGAACAGCCUGAAGCUUACUUGGCAUGGAAAAGAACCUUCAAACAGGUAAUGGAUGAACUAAAUAUUGGUCCAUCGGAGGAAUUGGAACUACUAAUCAAGUGGUUGGGACCUGUGUCUUCAAAAUAUGCACAAAGUCUAAAAAUAUCUAAUGUCAAUAGACCCAUUCUUGGUGUAGCCCGUUUAUGGGACAGGUUAGACCACAGGUACGGUUGUCCAGAGAUGGUGGAGGCGGCUCUUAAAAAGAAGAUAGAGCAAUUCCCCAAGCUAAAUAACCGAGACAAUGAAAGGUUAUUUGAGUUGGCGGACAUCUUGGCGGAGAUUGACAGUGUGAAAGAGAACUCAACCUACAGUAGCCUGCUGUCCUACUAUGACACAUCUUCUGGUGUUUUGCCAAUUAUACAGAAGCUACCUUAUUCCCUUCAGGAGAAGUGGACAUCGAGAGCAGUAAGGUAUAAGAAGAACCACAGCGCGAUCUUCCCUCCUUUCAGUGAAUUCUUAGACUUUAUUCAGGAGAUGAGCUACAUUAAGAACGACCCAGGACUAAACUACGAUAACAACAACAACAUGGAAAAACAUCCAACGAGCACCUCGCGCAACAGAGUCAAUGUAAAAAUGUCAGACACUAACACCAACGUUAAGCCAGUGAAAACAGUCUUCCAACAUCCAAGGUGUAUUAUUCAUGCAAAUUCGAAGCAUGAUUUGAAUGACUGUAAAGCAUUUCGACUGAAACCCUUAGAAGAGAGACGUCGACUUCUGAAAGAUUCUGGUGUCUGCUUCAAAUGCUGUGCUUCGAAGGACCAUAGGAAACGUGAUUGCACAACUGUCAUUGUGUGCAGAGAUUGCGGAAGCCACAAUCAUUGCACAGCUCUACACAUUAAUACGACGACUGAUCGGCCAAAAGGGAGAGAUAAUGGCGGGGAGGAACCCAUUAAACCACCGAAUGUUGACAGUACAUGCACCGAAAUUUGUGGGAAGAAUGUCGAUGGAAAAUCCUGUGCAAAGAUCUUACCAGUUUAUGUGACAAACAAAAACAUCCCUCAGAAACAAAUAAAGGCAUACGUCAUUCUGGAUGAGCAAAGCAAUAAAACAUUAGCAAGAUCUGAACUGUUUGAUUCCUUUGGAGUGGACAGUGCCUUGAUGGAAUACACUCUGAGGAGCUGCUCUGGAAAAUCACAAAUGUUUGGGAGAAAAUCUGGUGGAUUCAUCAUACAAUCAGUCGACAUGUCAGCCAAGAUUGUUUUGCCUGAAAUUAUUGAGUGCAGAGACAUCCCAAACAAUAGAAAUGAGAUCCCGACUCCAGAAGCGGUGAGACACCAUACACAUUUAUGCGACAUAGCGAACAAACUUGAACCCAUAGAUGCAGAUGCCGAGAUCCUCCUUCUGAUAGGAAGAGAUGCAAUUGAGGCACAUCAUGUACUGGAGCAAGUUGUCGGACCUGCGGAUUCUCCAUUUGCCCAGAGGCUCAAGCUGGGAUGGGUAGUCAUGGGAGAAAUGUGUUUGGGCAGAAACCACAAACCGGAUAGCAUAAGUGUCUGCAAGACUUAUCAUACAUCCCAAGGAAGACCGACUGUUCUACCCCCUUGUCCUAACAAGUUUGAUGUGCUCGAACCAGCUAAUUGCAUUUCUUACCCAAAGUCUCAGGACAUGAUCAAUACUAAGCUGGCAUCAGAUGUCUUCAUGCAGACUGAUCUAGAUAACACUAUGGGACCCUCGAUCGAAGACAGAAAGUUCUUAAGUUUGAUGAACAGAGAACUUUACAAGGAUGAAGCUGGACACUGGUGUGCACCACUUCCCUUUUGUGUUCCUCGCAAGAAACUACCAAACAACCGUGCGAUGGCUGUUCAACGAUCCAGGUCUCUGGAAAGAAGUCUGAGACAGGAUCCAGUGAAAAGAGAACAUUUCUUUGAAUUCAUGAAUGAACUUAUUGAACGGAACCAUGCUGAAGUUGCACCUGCACUACAUUCAGGGGAAGAAUGCUGGUACCUUCCGGUGUUUGGAGUCUACCACCCCAAGAAGCCUGGACAGAUACGUUGUGUGUUUGACUCCUCAGCAACCUUCGAAGGCGUCUCAUUAAACGGUGUGCUAUUGUCGGGACCCGAUCUCACGAAUAGCCUGAUAGGAGUUCUCAUGCGUUUUCGAACUGAGCAGAUUGGGAUUAUGGCUGAUAUACAGAAAAUGUUCUAUUCGUUUACUGUAAGAGAAGAUCAUCGAAACUUUCUGAGAUUUCUAUGGUACAAAGAUAAUGACUUCAACAAGGACAUAAUUGAAUACAGAAUGCGGGUGCACGUAUUUGGUAACAAACCAUCACCCGCCAUUGCGAACUAUGCUCUUCAGAAGACAGCGGAGAUCGCAUCUGAAACAUAUGGAAAAGACGUCAAGAAGUUUGUUCAAAGAAACUUCUAUGUUGAUGAUGCCCUGACUUCGGUUUCGUCUGCAGAAGAAGCUAUCGACCUUCUCACAAGAACCAAGGAUGCUCUGAUGACUUUAGGAAAGAUCCGUCUCCACAAGUUUGCAUCCAAUAGUGGGGAAGUAAUGGCUAACUUACCUCUGCAAGACCUCUCCAAGGAGCUCAAGAAUGUAGAUCUUGACUCGGAUGACUUACCACUGCAGCGAAGUCUUGGGCUAAACUGGGACCUUGACUCGGACUCAUUUACCUUUCGUGUUUCCCUGAAGGAAACCCCUUUCACGCGACGUGGUGUACUGUCCACAGUAAGCAGUCUCUUUGAUCCCCUUGGACUCAUAGCACCUGUGACCAUACAGGGCAAGCUUAUUCUUCGUGACCUGAUUUCAGGAACAGUGGAUUGGGACGAACCCCUCUCUGAAAAUCAUAGAGUGCAGUGGGAGCAGUGGAAAAAUUCUCUGAAGGCAUGCGAGAACUUAUUUAUCCCAAGAGCUUAUUCACCCAUCUCCUUACGAAAAGCGGUAAGAGUAGAAAUACAUACCUUUUGCGAUGCUUCUGAGAGAGCUAUAGCUGCAGUUUCCUACUUAAGAUCAGUCUAUCAAGACGAAACUUCCCACCUCGGACUCUUGAUGGGAAAAGCCAAAGUUGCACCGAAGCAUGGAACAACAAUACCCAGACUUGAGCUGUGUGCCGCAGUCUUGUCAGUUGAGGUCUCAAACAUUGUCAGAAGAAAUAUGGACAUCAACAUUGAUGUUGUAAAGUUUUACACGGACAGCAAGAUUGUUCUGGGCUAUUUACAUAACGAGACCAGGCGAUUCUAUGUUUAUGUAGCGAACAGGGUACAGCAUAUCAGACAGUUGACGUGUCCUGAUCAAUGGCAGUACGUACCCACACAGAAAAACCCAGCAGAUCUGGCAACUAGAUCUGUACCUGCUGACAAAAUGAGUAACAGCAUAUGGCUCAAGGGACCGAAGGAGUUUUUGGAUGGUCAUCAUGAUGAAGGUUUGCUGGAACUUUCUGAGGACUCUUACUCUCUAGUGAGCCCUUGUGAAGACAAGGAAGUACGUCCCAUUGAGAAAGUUGAUACAUGCUUGACCAAAAUUUUAUCAGAUCCUGGCAUUGAACUCGGAUCACACCGAUUUGAGCGGUUCUCGAACUGGAGAAAACUUGUAGGAGCCAUUGCUUUUCUGAAACAGUUCAUCAGAAAUAGGAAGAAGUCAGAAGUGUCUCAGAGACAAAGAUCCGUAGAAUUGUAUCAAGAGGCAGAAAGGUUCAUAGUGCGUACGGUUCAGAGGGAGAUUUACGCUUCUGAAGUUUCCCACAUAGAGCAGAAACUGCCCCUCUCCAGGAACAGUCACAUUCUUACUUUAGAUCCAUUUCUAGACUCUGACAACAUGUUAUGCAUCGGUGGAAGAAUUAAACAUGCCAAUAUUCCUUUGCAGGAGAAACACCCUUUGCUUAUUCCUGGAAAACAUCACAUCGCCAAACUCCUUAUCAGUCAAGUACACGAGAAUGUACAACACCAGGGCAGGCAUAUUACAGAGGGCGCCCUGCGUGCGGCAGGAUUCUGGGUAACUGGAGCCAAGUUGCUAAUACGUACUCACAUCCAUAACUGUGUUUCAUGUCGUAAGCUGCGAGGAUCCUUAGAAUUCCAAAAGAUGGCUGACCUACCUCCAGAUCGUCUCGAACCCAGUCCCCCAUUUACUAAUGUCGGCGUUGAUGUAUUUGGGCCCUGGAAUGUUGUGACUAGACGAACCAGGGGUGGAAGCGCGCAGUCAAAGAGAUGGGCAGUUAUGUUUUCCUGUCUGACUACACGUGCUGUGCACAUAGAAUUGAUAGAAGACAUGUCUUCAUCCGCAUUCAUAAAUGCAGUGAGGAGGUUUACAGCCCUUAGAGGCGAAGUCAAAAUCUUUCGUUCAGAUCGAGGAACAAAUUUUGUUGGGGCCACCAACGACCUCAAGAUUGAUGCAGUAAAUGUGGAAGAUGGAGAACUCAAAGACUAUCUUUACAAGUCGGGGACUAUCUGGAUCUUCAAUGCCCCUUACUCCUCCCACAUGGGCGGAGCAUGGGAAAGGAUGAUCGGCUCAGCACGGAGAAUACUGGAUGCCAUGCUUUCUAAAGUCGCAGACAAACAUCUUACUCAUGAUGUACUUUUCACAUUUAUGACUGAAGUAGCAGCCAUCAUGAACAACCGACCUCUUGUGCCAGUUUCAACAGAUGCUGAAUCACCUUACAUACUCACCCCAGCAACAUUGUUGACUCAGAAGACUGCAGAUGCCUUUUCCGCAAGGAAUCUUGGAGAGUUCACAGACAAGGAUCUUUUUCGUGCAGAGUGGAGAAGAGUCCAGAGUUUGUCAGAUCAUUUUUGGAGACGAUGGAGAGAUGAGUACCUCACCACUCUACAAAAACGUCGCAAGUGGACUGAAGUUCGUACAAACUUGAAAAAAGGAGAUGUUGUGCUUCUGAGAGACAAAGCAGUGAACAGAAACAAUUGGCCACUUGGUGUUAUUGAGGAGACCUUUCCUGGUGCUGAUAAAACUGGGAAAUGCCACAAAUCCCAGAGCAAGAAUGAAUCACUUCAUGAUAUCGAGAAUGUUCUGUUGGAUGGAUCAUGUGCGGAGAGUAACAGUUGUUCCUGCACAAUUGGACUGUCGGCACACUUAACAUGUUUCAGACUUUGGCAUGUACCCCGAGGAGAGAAGACGUGUGGAAGUUCAGCUGAAAACGUCGUUAUGUAUGGCUACAAUGCUAAGUCACCACCUCAACAACCUUGUGAAUUAAGAUCUACUCUGUACAAUCCCAUCAAUGCUGAUGUCCCAAAAAUUCAGAACUCCGAGUUUGACAAAUCCUGUAUGUUGCUUCAGUUGUGA